AUGGCAGUGCCCUUUGUGGAAGACUGGGACUUGGUGCAAACCCUGGGAGAAGGUGCCUAUGGAGAAGUUCAACUUGCUGUGAAUAGAAGAACUGAAGAAGCAGUUGCGGUGAAGAUUGUGGACAUGAAACGUGCCAUAGACUGUCCAGACAAUAUUAAGAAAGAGAUCUGUAUCAAUAAAAUGUUAAAUCAUGAGAAUGUAGUGAAAUUCUAUGGCCACAGGAGAGAAGGCAAUAUCCAAUAUCUGUUUCUGGAGUACUGUAGUGGAGGAGAACUUUUUGAUAGAAUAGAGCCAGACCUAGGCAUGCCUGAACAGGAUGCUCAGAGGUUCUUCCAUCAACUGAUGGCAGGGGUGGUGUAUCUGCAUGGUAUUGGAAUAACCCAUAGAGAUAUUAAACCAGAAAAUCUCCUAUUGGAUGAAAGGGGUGCAAGGCGGCCCCAGGUCACUUCAGGAGGGGUAUCAGAGUCUACAAGUGGAUUCUCUAAGCACAUCCAAUCCAAUUUGGACUUCUCUCUAGUAAAUAGUGCUUCUAGUGAAGAAAAUGUGAAGUACUCCAGUUCCCAGCCAGAACCACGGACAGGUCUUUCCUUAUGGGACACCAGCCCCUCAUAUAUUGAUAAACUGGUACAAGGGAUUAGUUUUUCCCAGCCUACAUGUCCUGAUCAUAUGCUUCUGAAUAGUCAGUUACUUGGCACUCCAGGAUCCUCACAGAACCCCUGGCAGCGUUUGGUUAAAAGAAUGACACGAUUCUUUACAAAAUUGGAUGCAGACAAAUCUUACCAUUGCCUUAAAGAAACUUGUGAGAAGUUGGGCUAUCAGUGGAAGAAGAGUUGUAUGAAUCAGGUUACUGUAUCAACAACUGAUAGGAGAAAUAAUAAACUGAUUUUCAAAGUGAACUUGGUGGAAAUGAAUGAGAAGAUCUUGGUAGACUUCCGACUUUCUAAGGGCGAUGGACUGGAGUUCAAGAGACACUUCCUGAAGAUUAAAGGGAAGCUGAGUGAUGUUGUGAGCAGCCAGAAGGUUUGGCUUCCUGCCAUAUGA